AUGACGAACGAGUUAAAAAUUAACAAUGAUGAUAAAAAAUUGCGAAAGAAAGUUAAAGAAAAACUUAUAAAUAAAAAUGUCAAAUCAGAAAAAAAAAAAAAGAAAAAAGAAAAGCCCUUAAUAAAAGAGAAAAAGAAGGAAGAAAAAAAAGGAGUCAAGGAAAAGAAAAACAAAAAAACAAAAAAAAAACAAAAAAAGGAAAAAAAUAUAAAAAAAAGAAAAGAAAUAAAGAAUAAAUUAAAAAAUGAGGAUGUAAAUAGUUAUGAUCAAAAUUAUGACGAUAGCACUUCUGAUGAAGAUGAGAUAUACGAUGACGACAACCUAUUUAUGGAUAGCAGAUUAAAGAAAAAGAAAAAAAAAAAAAAAACGACAUUAAAUAACUUAACGGAAGAAGAUAAGAAUAAAAAAAAGAAAAACAAAAAAAAAAAUUGUGUUGCGGAAUUUUUAAAAUUAAAUGAGUAUGAUGAUAAUUAUGAAAAGGAGUUAUUUUCAUAUGCCAAAAAUGGUUUUAAAAAGUAUGUCAACUUUUUGAACAAUUAUAAAAAUACAAUAAAAGAAGAACAACAUGAAAUAACAAAUAAGAGACCAAAAAAUUUAUAUGUUUGA